GCUCUGUCUCCUCUGUUGCCCUGGGUUUGUGUGUUGGGCGCUCUGCUGUAGUCGAAGCUUCGAGCUAUGAUGCCUUCGUCUCUCCGAGCCCUCUCUUGACGCCUCUUCCGCCCAGGGCAUGUGGAUCCUCGUGGGUCGGGGUUGGUGGCGUGGACGGGUGUUCGUGCCAUGGGCCGCCGGGGCCGCAAGACCCGCGCUGAACAGGCCCCGACCUAUGCCGACCCACGCGGCUGCUGCGGAGCCCUGGGCUACCAACAGGCGCUACAGCUCUGCAGAGCUCAAGGAAAAACCUGACAUGUCUAGAUUUCCUGUUGAAGAUACUAGAAAUUUCAGUAUUAUUGCACACGUGGAUCAUGGCAAAAGUACUUUAGCUGAUAGGCUCCUAGAACUGACAGGAACAAUUGAUAAAACAAAGAAUAACAAGCAGGUCCUUGAUAAACUGCAAGUGGAACGAGAAAGAGGAAUCACUGUUAAGGCACAGACAGCAUCUCUAUUUUACAGUUUUCAAGGAAAGCAAUAUCUUUUAAAUCUCAUUGAUACACCAGGCCAUGUUGAUUUUAGUUAUGAAGUAUCAAGAUCACUUUCUGCUUGCCAGGGUGUUUUACUUGUGGUUGAUGCAAAUGAGGGUAUUCAAGCCCAAACUGUGGCGAAUUUCUUUCUUGCCUUUGAAGCACAGCUAUCAAUAAUUCCAGUUAUAAACAAGAUAGAUUUGAAGAAUGCUGAUCCUGAAAGAGUUGAAAAACAGAUUGAGAAAGUUUUUGAUAUUCCAAGUGAUGAAUGUAUUAAGAUUUCUGCUAAACUUGGAACAAAUGUCGAAAGUGUUCUUCAGGCAGUUAUAGAAAGAAUACCCCCUCCUAAAGUGCAUCGCAAAAAUCCACUGAGAGCUCUGGUGUUUGAUUCCAUGUUUGACCAGUAUAGAGGUGUGAUAGCCAAUGUAGCAUUAUUUGAUGGCAUGGUUUCCAAAGGAGAUAAAAUUGUAUCUGCACAUACUCAGAAGACAUACGAAGUUAAUGAAGUAGGAGUUUUGAAUCCUAAUGAGCAGUCGACUCAUAAAUUAUAUGCAGGACAGGUGGGCUAUCUGAUUGCUGGGAUGAAAGAUGUCACUGAAGCACAAAUAGGAGAUACAUUACAUUUACAUAAUCAUCCUGUGGAGCCCUUGCCUGGGUUUAAAUCAGCGAAACCAAUGGUAUUUGCAGGAAUGUACCCUAUAGAUCAAUCUGAAUAUAAUAACCUGAAGAGUGCUAUAGAAAAACUGACUUUGAAUGACUCCAGUGUGACAGUUCAUCGGGACAGUAGCCUUGCCCUGGGUGCUGGGUGGAGGUUGGGAUUUCUUGGACUUUUGCACAUGGAAGUUUUCAAUCAGCGACUAGAGCAAGAAUACAAUACUUCUGUUAUUUUAACAACCCCUACUGUUCCGUACAAAGCUGUGCUUUCAUCAGCAAAACUAAUAAAGGAGUAUAGAGAAAAAGAAAUCAUAAUCAUCAAUCCUGCACAAUUCCCUGAGAAGUCAAAAGUAACGGAAUAUUUGGAGCCAGUUGUUUUGGGCACUAUUAUCACACCAGAUGAAUACACUGGAAAAAUAAUGGGGCUUUGCCAGGCUCGAAGAGCAGUUCAGAAAAAUAUGGUAUUUAUUGAUGAGAAUAGAGUUAUGCUUAAAUAUCUCCUGCCUUUGAAUGAAAUUGUGGUAGAUUUUUAUGAUUCUUUGAAAUCCUUGUCUUCUGGAUAUGCUAGUUUUGAUUAUGAAGAUGCAGGCUACCAGGCUGCAGAACUUGUAAAAAUGGAUAUUCUACUGAAUGGAAAUAUUGUAGAGGAGCUAGUGACUGUUGUACACAAAGAUAAAGCAUAUUCUGUUGGCAAAACCAUAUGUGAACGUCUAAAGGAUUCUCUUCCUAGGCAGCUGUUUGAGAUAGCAAUUCAAGCUGCUAUUGGAAGUAAAAUCAUUGCAAGAGAAACUAUGAAAGCCUAUAGAAAAAAUGUUUUGGCAAAAUGUUAUGGUGGUGAUAUUACCCGAAAAAUGAAGCUUUUGAGGAGACAAGCAGAAGGAAAAAAGAAGCUGAGGAAAAUUGGCAACAUUGAAGUUCCAAAAGAUGCUUUCAUAAAAGUUCUGAAAACACAAACUAAUAAAUAAUUCAUGG